AACUCGUGUUAUUGGACUGAAAGAGAUAAAGAUGAGUCUUUAUAAUUUUUGGAUUAUGGAUGCUUCAGUGUGUGCUUUAACUCUUGUUAGUGCUUUUUACGGAGAGAGGAAUCGACGCGGACGAGACUCCUCAACAUCAGRAUCAAACGUAGAGGCAAUAAUGACGGCUAAAGAGUUAGUGACUUCAAGGACUUCUCCCAAUAGGGAGAUGAAAGAACUGGAAAUUUCCAAGCCAAGUCUACUAUGGUAUUUGCUUUUAAACGUCUCUUAUUUUGCUACUAUGGCAUUUACAGUACUGUUUCUUCAAUUCUAUCCCAAUAUUAUGGUUGCUUUACAACAUUUGUCAGUGAUAACCUUCCUGAUUUUCGCGUUUACACAAUGGAUAACUGGGAAACUGGGCUACUUGACCGGCAUUAUCUUUGCUGUAAUUUGGAUCUCAUCAGUUGGGACGUCUUACAGAUGGCUUAUAAAUAAUGCUAUUAUAGCAAUGUUUGCGCUGCUCGCCAGUCAUGUACAAUUUAGAAAUUUCGCAUUUCUUCAGAUAUUUUUAUGGACUGCCUUUGUUUACGACGUGUGCCUGCUUGCCAAAAUAAAUGACGUGCCUCAACUGUUUAGUGUUGGCGAGUGUGGCAGCCUUUUAUGUAAGCUGUUUGAGGUGAAYGACGCUUGGCAACUUCCAGCAGUAUUCACAGUUCGUUUUGGAGAAAGCACAACACAUGURUUUCUUGGCACAGGUGAUAUAGUAAUUGGUGCUAUCAUUUCAAAUUUUUCUUUCUCGUUUUUCAAAUCCUCCAAGUGUUUGCUGUCGACAGUUUCCAGCUUUGGGUUGGCGAUUGGUCUGUUGAGCCGUAUUGAUUCAAAUCGCCCCUAUCCAGCACUUGUAUCCAUAGUGCCUUGCUGCUCUAUAGCUUUGAUUCUGUGUGCGGUUUGUUGUCGCAAGACUCGAAGACUCUUUUCCAUGAGUCAUCGUGAAUUUGACUAUAAAGAAGAAGACUUAAUAGUUAUUUGAUUUAGAUAUAUAUAUUUAUAUUUCAGAGAAAUAUUAAAUAAUUUUGGGACGAGAACUUCUGAGUUUUACCAAGAGGGCAUGAUAAGAGGGAGGGAGACUUCUUAAUAUCGCGCGCGCCAUGUAAAUAGGCCUUUUGCAGUUAACGGUCACGUGUCUGUACUGGAGGGCAAAAUUUAUGUUUUUAUAUUGAAUUGGUGAUUCUUUUUAGCUACUUGU